GCAGGAUCUUCUUGUCGAUAAGUAUUUAAUCAAUACGGGGUUAGUGAUAUAUAUACACAUAUAUAUACACUUUAAUACAACUGUAUGGUGUAUGUAUUUGGGUGCACUUCAAAGUUCAAUCACGAAUGUGAACCAUCUACUCGACACCUGAAUCAGUGGAACACAGAACACGCAUAAAAUAGACAGACUUAUUGCACGCAUACACUUAUACACUUACAUAUACAUAAUAGCGUAUAUAUUCAGUACAACAUAUUUAUACAUACAUACAUAUAUAUAUAUAUAUAUAUAUAUAUAUAUAGAAAGGAAACCUAUACUCAAAUAUUCAUACACAACACAGCAACAUGUCGGGAGCACACGUGCGAAAGGGUGGCAUGGGCAAAGUGCAUAAAGCCACCAAAGCCGACCCAUCAUCCACACUGUUUGUGCGAGGCAUACCAGCAACAUACACCGAUGAAAGCUUACAAGAGUUGUUUGGCGAUAUAGGGCCUAUAAAAGAGGCCUUUAUUAUUGUAGAUAAGGAGACGAAACAGAGUAAACGGUUUGCGUUUGUGAAGUUCGCUCUCAAGGAAGAUGCCAUCACAUGUGUAGAGAAGAUGAACGGCCAUAUGGUCAAUGGUAAGAAGAUCCAGAUAACGUAUGCGCACAGAGAGGAGAAGGUGGGGAAACCCAAGAAACCCAAGGCAGAGGCUAGUGGCGAUGAUGCGGAGAUGCAAGUGGUGGCAGCGGAUGGUACUGUUCAGGAGGAUAAGAGUGCACACACAGACUCAGAGAUACAGAGUGAUGUGCAAACAGAAACAGAGCCCAUGCAUGUGGAUGUGGCUGAAGUGGCUGGGGACGACACAGUACAAACAAGUGACGACAAACCACAGCACACAGACACAGACCAGCACACGGGUAGUAGUACCAAGACACACACCAAGCAAAGUGCAGAGACUGACGAACAGAAGAAGGAGAGGGAAGCCGCCGCACUGAAGGACGGCAGGACAGUGGUGGUACGAAAUGUACCCAUGGGCACACCCAAGAAAAUCAUUCGCAGCAAAUGCAAGAAGAUAGGGCGGAUCGAAACGUUUGAGUACCACUUCCCAACAGAAGAGGAGGAGCAGACGAUGACAGCAGUGAUAGUAUUCCCAGAUGCCCAACUGGCACACCGGUCAAUGGUGAACAUCAAUGGGCAGACCUUGAAGGGGUCCAAGUUAGUGGCGGUACUGAAAAGCAGAGACAAACAGAGACAGGAGCAGAGACAAACCAAGAAGACUUUGGCCAAGUCGCUUGUGAUUGUGCGUAAUGUCGCCUUCUCUGCCACCAAAGAAGACUUUGACGAUCUCUUUGGAACGUGUGGCCCUAUUCUCGACAUCCGUAUCCCCGUUAAGGACGAUGGUGUCACCAGCCGAGGGUUUGCGUUUGUGCAGUAUGCGGCGUAUGCAGACGCACUGAAGGCCGUUGAGACACUCAACGGGCAGAAGAUCAAGAACCGCGUAGUGGCUGUUGAUUUUGUAUUACCCACAGACGACUACAAGAAGGCUAAAGACGCACAGGAGAGUGGCCAGGGUGUGGUAGAAGAAGAGCAAGACACAAACGAAAGCGCGCACAGCGACGCAGAAAGUGACGUUGGUAGUGCCAGUGAGGGAUCAUCAGAUGACGACGAUGCAGAGAGUGGCAGUGAAGAAGACUCCGGCGACAGCGACGACGACAAAGACACAGCGAAGCCCACGACACAGAACGUCAAACCACAACGAACGGACGAUGUGGCAGAGAUGUGCACUUUGUUUGUGCGUAAUGUGCCCUUCACCGCAUCAGAAAGCGAUUUGCGCAUGGUACUCUCGGCCUACGGACAAAUCAAGAUGUGUAAACUGGUGGUGGAUCGUGAAACACAACGGCCCAAAGGCACCGCUUUCGUUAAGUUUAGUGACCCCACCAGCGCAAGCUUGGUUAUCAGAGAGGCGCAGAAGGCCGUCACAGCUCAGGUGUUCUCCGGUGGUAAGAAUGGUAAGGCGAGUACAGUGAGUGAUGGUGGUGUGCAGAUUCAGGGUCGCUCACUAAACAUCACUCUGGCGGUGGACCGACAACAGGCCACUAAGCUCGAACAGCAACAAAAGGGCGACGAUGCUAAUCUAAAGAGCGACAACCGCAACAUGCGACUGGCACGCGAAGGUUACAUCAGCAAAGACGUUGCAGCCGCAUCCAACGUCUCACCAGAGGACGUCAUCAGGCGACAGAAGGCGGACAAGGAGAAGUACGCCAAGCUCAAGGACACCAGAUACUUCGUGUCACCGGUGCGUUUGGUGGUCCGGAACAUUCCCCCCAAAAUAGAUGAGCACGAGCUGACCAAAGUGUUCGACGAAGCUGUGAUCGCCGCAGAUCCCUCAGCGCAACCAAGGAGAAUCGUCAAGAAGCUUAACCUCAUGCGCAACAAAGAGAACGUAACAGGACAGACCAUCGGGCGGUCACUGGGGUGGGCGUUUGUGGAGCUCUACUCGCACGAGUAUGCGCUAGCCGCCUUACGAGCCACCAACAACAACCCACAGCUGUACUCGCAGAAGAAGCGCUUGAUAGUCGAGUUUGCGGUUGAGAACAUAGACAAGGUGCGUGUGUUGGAGGAGCGCAAGGCGAAGCAGUUGGAAGACGCUGGCAAGGCACCUCAGGACACCAAUGAUAAGCCACAGCGCGAGCCGAAGGACCGAACUUCCUUUAAAGACUUUAUUCUCAAACGUCAAGCAGCCAGACAGUCCAAACGCGCUCAGCGCCAAGGUAGUGCCCCCAACACACACACAGCACCCGCCACAGGCACAGCUAUGAACACGCACGCACACGCGCAAGGUAAUAAGCGCAGUCGAGUACACAGUGAAGGAGGCAGCAAGGUAAACAACAAACGGGCCAGAGACGACGGGGCAAAACCAUCCAGAGACCAUGGCAAGGACGCCUUCCUGACUGAGGCGCAAACCCAAAAACCCGUCAGCAAGAAGGCAAAGCGCGAUAGCAAGACACGACAAGCGGCACAGAGGAACGAGGCCAAACUAGACACGCUGGUGCAAUCCUACAAGCAGAAGCUGUUUGGUGAAACACCCGCGUCUGGAGGUUCGGUACUAAAGAAGGAUGCUAGCAGUCGAUGGUUUUCGUAGAGGCACGGACGGAUAGAGUGGGCAAGGAUGGAUGAGGAACCUAAUCUGCAGGCGUGGGUUAUGGAAAUAAAUUAGUAUUAAGUUAUACAUGAAGAAAUUAGUAUAAAAUUAUGUGAAC